AGUCGGCUUUUGAUCGUGCAAAGCCUGUUGAAUGGGUUGCCGCGUUCUGGAAUCGAAUCUUUGGCGGUCGUUACAAAGGAGUACCUUAUUUACCUCCGCACUCCUUUAAUAAGCCGGUUGUGCUGUUACCUAAUAAUAAUGCGACGCUGACUUUCGUCCACAAGUGUUUCAGCUCAACCGGCAUUGCUUCCUCGUCGAAACUCGGCACAAACCCCAACCGAGAGAACUUGUUCAAAUCUCGAAAUACGGUUACCCCAGAGUUUCUGGCAGGGCAUAAUACUCCGGUUAAAUGACGCGCUGCCUACCUUAGUAGGAAACCAAACGUUUCUUCCAUCAUGCGUCCUGACAAAGAGAGGGUCACGCAAGCAACCCACUCUUCCAAAUGCCAUGGACAACGACGCAAAGGCGAAAGGCGAAAGGCGAGAUAGCUAAAGGUAGUCGUACGGAGUGCUACAGUGGAAAGGAAGUACGACCCCGUGUGCCACCUAAAUACUCAAGUUUGUUUGUCCACUUCAUCAUUAUAUCCUUCUCGCCCGCAGCGUUGCAGUCUUCUGUCUGCUGCCGUGCCUCGUUCCCCUCCUUUCUGUUUCUCUCGCCAUCUUAUAUUUCUGCUACCACUGCUCUCACGCCUCUUGCCAUUGUUUCCACUUCCGUUUCCUUCUUCAACAUGGUCCCCCCUGCUGUCUCCAUCAUCAUCCCACCCAGUGAGUCAGUUCGUCAUGCGCCUUGGCGGAUCUUGCCUUUCCACGUCAGGCAUCACACCAGUGCAGACAGCCUCUUGCUCAAUCAUCCAGUCUUUCCACGAGCUCCUCCAGGCGGAAUCCUCCCUUUCUCCCCCAUUUGGAAAGUGGUUGCCUUGGCUUAUUAUGGAUCCUUCGCUGAUCGAUACACCCAAUUGAUUCAUCCAUCCAUAUAUCCCGCCACCCCAGACCCUGCAACCCUACAAUCCUGGAAUUGUGGUACAGCCCCUGUCAUUCUCCCCCAGGGUUCGUUCUGGUAUCGAUCGGAUCGUUCCGGCCACCAUUUCGAGCACUUGAGUCUUCUUCUCUCAAGCCUUGCUCCCCCCUUUUCCUCCCUCGAUCCUCUCAGUGGUUCAUUAUACCCUUCCACCGCAGAAUUAAUUACCCUUGACCUGGUCCGGUUCCUAUUCCCUAACAGAACGAGACUCUGUUUAGCCUUGUCCUAAAAAUAAAGUCACCGACAGGGUUCUGUGCCUGUCCACUUAGGUAUUCGAGUACUUAAAGUCUCCGACGGCAGUUCACCUCUUGAAGAAUCCUGCGCCGUUACGCCACGCCACGUUGGACGCGUG